AUGGUCUUCAUCGAUGUACCGCAGCUAGUGGCUGGGGUCAACUUCCCCCCUCCCUUAAAAAAACAAUACUAUAUCGAGCUUGACCUGGACAUCACAAAUCUGGACAAUGGUUUUCUGGGCAGGUACUAUGUAUGUCAUGCGGUAACAAUUAAUUGCUUUUUGGUAUCUUUACGAGAAUACAUUCGCAGGAUAUCAAGUCAGCAUGAAACUACCAAAUACUCUUCUCUAACGAGAGAUCAAAGCUUCAGCUCCACGAGGAGCCCCCAUGAUUGUCAGUUGAAAGAUCUUAGAAGAUUGUAA